UUAAGUGAAAAAUAGCUUGAAAAAUGUUGGAAGAAAGCGAAAAAUUUCUAAAAAAGAAAUUUGUGUAAGCAAAUAAAUUGAGCUGAAAUCCACCCGGAAAAGCAAAAUACGAUUUAGAAAUUUAAAAUUGUAACAGCUAUAAGAAACACAAACAGAUAAUUCGUUUUCGCAAUAAGAAAACGAGAAUUUUAACAAAAAAUCAUAAAAGAAAUCAAUGAAAAAAUUAUGAAUUAGUUUACAAUAAAAUUUGAAAAAGGCUUCACGCCGAUAUAAAAAAACGCCAAGUUGAAAACGCUUUUCGGAAAAAGUGCAUACCUAAGAGUGCAAGAAAAAUAUUGCGAGAUAUUGACAAAAAAGUUUUUUGAGUGAAAGAGUUACAAUCUCCGCUUAAAGCAUUGUUGAAAUCGUUGCAAAAGCUAAAAAUCCCUAAAAGUGCAUAAUAGCUGGAAAAGUACCUACAUAUGUACAUAUGUAACUGAGCUUGUAAAGCGAAUGCAAAAUAUAUGUAUUACGCAACGGAUUUUUGUGUCAUGUAAAGUGCGACUCUCAAUAUUUCAACACACACACGCGCACCUAUAAAAGCUAAAGAAAUAUUGCCUACGCACAACUAAAAACGUCUAGAAACAUCUUAAAGCACAGCGCAUUCAUAAAAAAGCAGCAGAAUUCAACAAAAUUUAAAACCUCUUCACAAAGAUUAAUUAGAUUCGUGCAAAAACAACUUUCAUCUCAUUAAAAGUGUAUUUAGAAAUAUUUACAAAUUCAAAUACCACUCACUAAUAAAAAAUAAAAAAAAUUACACUAAAUCAGCCUCAAGCCAAUCAGCAGAUAGAAAGCAAAUUAUUUAAAUUAAAAACCCAGCUACUGGCAACUAAAUGCGUCGUAGAAAAAAAAUAUUCUUCAAAAUAUUUAUGAAAAUUUUCAAAAAUGGCUGCGGAAGUGGGGAAAACUAAGACGAGCUGUGAAGUUCGGUGUAGCAAGAGAGCGCCGGUAGUGUGAGAGCAAAAUUGUGGAAAGCGCUUUAUAAGAAAAGUAACAAAUACAUACAAUUAAUUUUGGAUUAUUGGGAUUAUCAGUGUUUCAAAAAAAAAAAAAAAUACAAAAAAAAACCGAAACGCAGAAGUACUCUACCACUUUAGCAUCCACGAAACGUAAAGAGAAGGAUUACAUUGCUAAUGGUGACAAAACUUAUGCUACUACAAACAAAAAAUUCUACGCGUCAAUUCGAAGUGAUUAAUCAGUGUGUAAAUUGUAAAUAAAUGGCAAUAAAUAUUGUAGUAAUGUACCCAUGGGUACAUAUAUAAUACAAAAAUAGAUAACAUACACAUACAUAUGUGCAUUUGUAAGCAACAUAAGUAAGUGAAAACUAAAUAUUAAAAAUUUAAAAGUUUAAGUAGAAAUUUGUAAAUUUGCUACGCCACGAUACCCAAUUGUGUUCAAUUCUCGUACUAAAUAUUAAAUAUACGAAAAGUAUUCACAAAACAAAUGUUUCCCUACAAGUAUAUACAUGCAUAUUAAAGAAAAAAAAAUAAUAGUUUAAAAUUUUUUACUAAGAAAAGUUAUAGAAUUUACAAAAUAAAAUACACAGAAAUUUUAACGUCGACGAAAAACAAACCAGAAAGAUAUAGAUGAAUCGAAAAACAUAUACUCCAAAAUAAAAUCAUUGAAAAGCUGCAUCUUGAAAACGAUAAACGGAGGAGGUAAACAAUAAAAGGAAAAAAAAAAAACGAAAGCUGUUAUGAAAAAGUAAUUGUUGAUUUCAAUUAAUAUUUAAAAGCUACAGUGAAAACCGUGUAAAACGCACACAACGAAUGUUUAAGUGCGAAAGUGCAAAUAUUUUUAAUAAUUCACACUCUUCUACAUACAUACAUACCAGAAAGGAAGAGCGUAAGUAAGUUGUUCGAGCUGUAAAAGCGAAUUCAACACAAUUCUUUGCUAUACAAAUAUUUUUGUGAAAAAUACAGCACCGAAAGUGGAAAAAAUAUUUAACAACAAAGAAUUCUGUUUGAUUCAUCAUUGUGUUACCACAAAAAAAAAAAAAAUGUAAUAAAGUGCUUACCGAAAUAAUAAUCAAAAAAAAUAUAUUACAUAUAAAAGUUUUUGUAGUGAUGUGUGGCUUCUUUGUUCUGUAAGAAUUUCGUUGUGUUACUUGGCUACAUAAAUACAUACAUACAUACAUACUUACAACACAAAGGCAAAAUAAAUUGGACGAAAGAUGACGAAUUCAUGUAAAGAUGCUGCAAGCGAUUGAACAAUUAAGCGUUUUGUACAUAGUAUAUCAACAUAAGAAACCAACCGUCACAGUCACUAACAGUCAACAUCACCAUCAGCAUAACAACAAUCACAACACAGAGUCAUUGUGCUGCAGCUUCAUCGUCGAUGAUGAUGAGAAGACUUCAACGUCACCAGCAAAUCGCUCAACAGCAGCAACAUUCAAUAGGCGCACAGCAGCGAAAAGCACAGUGCAAGCAACACAAGUUGGCAACACAAAAACUUGUAGAAUAGCCGAGUUGCUGCUGCAUGCCAUAAGUGCAAAAAUAACAACAAAUACAACAAAUAAAUUCACACAAAAACAUUGUAGUGCAAAAAGUGAGUACAGAAAAAGUAAUAACAACGAAAACGAUUUUUGCUGCAAUUUUAGCAGCUGCAACAACAAGAACAAGGAUAUAGAUUCUAUACAAACGCACUACACAAGUGAAAGCAAAAACAAUAGCAAAAAUAAGAGGAGGGAAACUGACCAACCUGACGAUUUUAUGGGGAAUGCCAAACUGUCUCUUCAACACCUACAAUAACAACAACAUUAAGCCUUUUGGGUAAUGACGCGG